ACCAGCCCGGAAUCUUGGACAUCAGUGCCAUCUCAAAGGCCCACGGGUAUUUUGAAACACACACGUCCUCAAUUGCUGUACCAUACAUUUCUUUAAAGCUGCAAUCAACCGACUAAAGCAGCAAAAACAAACAUCUUAAAAGAAUUUGGGAAAGAGCUUUUAAUUCAUGUCUAAUAUUAACAAGGCGAGCAAAAACAGCAGCAGACAGAGAUUUAGUGAUGAGCAGAUUAAGUCACUGGAGACCACUUUCGAGGUGGAGUCGAGGCCAGAGCUACGCAUGAAGCAGCACUUGGCUAAAAAGCUCGGGCUACAGCCACGGCAGGUUGCGAUAUGGUUCCAGAAUAGAAGGGCUCGAUCAAAGCCGAAGGAGCUUGAACGGGAUUAUAACGUGCUUAAAGCCGAUUAUGACAAAUUGGUUUCCCAGUUCGAAUCCAUGAAGAAAGAGAACCAAGCCCUGCUCAUCCAGCUGCAGAAACUGAAACAGGCUGAAGGAAGGAGUGACGAGCAAUUUGGAAACGAGAACAUGAAGAUUGAAACUUUGGAACAGACAAGGUUUCUUCUAGAAAACGACAGCCCUGAGCUUGGCGUGCCCUUGUGCAAUGAUUUUAGCAGAAAGGUUGACUACUUGUGGGAUGAUGCUGAUGAUCAUCCGGAAUUGGUACAAAUGGCUGAUGGUUACUUGACAUCGACAGAUAAUAUACACAGUUUUGAAUCCAGUUGCCUUAUGGAUAAUUCCAGUCAUAGCGGAAAUGGUGGUCAGGCUUUCAAUUUUUGAAACCAAGAUCAAGGACCGUUUCGGUUUUUGUUUGUUAGUGUUGAGAGCAAGGUCAUGUAAAUGAGUCGGACAUUCCUGCCAAUAUAAUUGGUCAGUGAAACUUAAUUGCCUCAGCUGAGCACAAACUUCCAGUGUGUUUGAUAUAUAGGAAUAGACAAUUCUAGUGAUUAUUAUUAUUAUUUUUUUUUU